GCGGACGAAGUUUAUCGAGUUUUUCGAAUUUGUUUAAUUUCUCGGCUAAUUGUGACCGUCUUUCAGUGUGCUUCCAACAACUUUAUCGCUGACUACGACAGCUCCAGUUUACUUGGUAACAACAAUGGUACACUGUUCGACAAUGUUGCAAGWCUUAUGUUUCAAGGCUUUACAAACUGGGACUCAGCCUACUUCUUGGAAAUUGCCGAGCAAGGUUAUCAAUACGAACAAUAUAUGGCUUUCUUCCCACUGUAUCCAUUACUGAUGAGACUUCCACGCCAAAUGGUUGGUGAUCGUUUCAACCGAAAAAGUAUCUUCGUAAUCGUUGGAUGGAGCUUAUCGUGUGUAUUUUUUACCGUGGCUGCAGUGGUUUUAUACAAAUUAACUCGGUUAAAGUUCAAAGAUCAUCGCAUGUCUUUGUUUUCGUCGAUAUUAUUCUGUAUGAACCCAGCUGCUGUCUUCAUGAACACCAUCUACUCAGAGAGCAUGUUUGCUUGCUUUUUAUUCAUUGGACUUUAUUGCUUAGAAGUUUCUUCAAAAACUUACUACAUUAUUAUUGGGUCUUUAGCGUUUGCGUUAGGCAGUGCUACAAGGUCGAAUGGACUUCUCUCUUGUGGAUUUGUUUGCUAUUUUCUUAUCAAGAGACUUGUUAACUCAGUAUUCAGUCAAUUUACACCAAACGUUGUCUUCAAGCAUGAUACUUGGAAAGAAAGGCUGUCAUUACUAGCUAACACAACUUGUACACUUGUCAUAUCAAAUGCAAUCAUUUUGUCACCAUUCUUCUUAUUUCAGUACUAUGGAUAUUAUAUAUACUGCAGUAACUCUCCACCUACCCCUCCCUGGUGUAAUAAAACAAUACCAUUGUCCUACUCAUAUAUUCAAGACCAUUACUGGGAUGUUGGGUUUUUGAGGUAUUAUGAGGUCAAGCAAAUACCUAACUUCUURCUUGCUUUACCUAUGUUUAUCUUGUGUUUUGGUGCUUGUACUGACUACCUUCAAAGUGACAAUAUUGCAUCUAUUGUAAAGACACUUGGUUUGUGGCAGGAACAGAGGUCAAAACAACAAAAAUGGAUUUCCAUUGAAAGAACCUUUCAUUCCCCAGAAGUCUUUGUCUACAUUGUACAUUUGUGUUUCCUUACAGUAUUUGCUGUGACGUCCAUCCAUGUUCAGGUAUUGACUCGAAUGAUCGCUUCGUCAUCACCAGUAAUCUACUGGUAUUCAGCACAUUUAAUUGCCAAGCAWUCCGAUUACACAAAACUUAUUCUUGGAUAUUUUAUUACUUAUUUUACACUUGGAAUUAUUCUUCAUUGUAAUUUCUAUCCAUGGACAUAAGGUUUAUUUUGUGUUUUCGCCUCAUCUUCAUUCAAAUUUUCUAGCCUAUUAGAUGUAUAAGAUUUUUCUUUGUUUUGUUGAUUUUUUUUCUGUCGCAAAGAAAAGUAUUCAGAGGUAACUGAAACGUAARAAAUAAUAAUCGUAUUAGGGAAAGUACAUUUAUUAUGCCCAGGGGAUGUAUGAAGAUGUCAUAUAAAUAUCUCAUUAAUUUUCUGAGCCCCUGUUUGGCUUGUCACAAAUUUUCCAAGGCCAAUUAGAGAAUUUAGAGAUAUUUCACAGAAUAUUGUUGGUCAUGCCCCCCCCCCCCCUAUGCUGCUCCAUUUCUUGGGAGCCCCUCCUCGACAUCUCCUGCCCCCGUCUCGAAAUAAUAAAUGUGUUUUCCCUUAAUCAUAUGCAAUGGUUAAAAGACCAGAAGAGAGAAAAUGGGUUAGAAUGGCGUACAAACCUGACGAUUUCCUACGGUUUGAUUUGAAUCCGUGAAAAGAACUCACAAAUCUGGAAAAGUGGCGGGUAGAGUGGAUCUAGACCUGGUUCAAAGUCCAUACAAAAUCGUCAAAUGAAAGUUAAAAACAAAUAAAAAAGUACAAAAAUAGGGGGAGAUGAGAAAGGAAAGUAGAAUUGAUAAAAUUGAAUUAGUAGAGAGAAGAUAAGUGGCAUUGUUGUGUGUAAAUAAUGUAAAUACAGAGCAACAAUACAAAUAUUAGAAUGUCGA